CUCUGGAGGAGGCCAUGGCCAUGACCGACCGAUGCCUCUUCAACAACCACAACUAGGCAGCCUCGCCAUACAAGCACCCUCCCUUGCGCCCAAGACUGUCCAUGUCUCGGCGUCGACAUGUCACGACCUAUCAUUAUUCAAAGACCUACUGAAAGAGUACCGGAGACUUGACGACUCCAUUACGAUGCGUCUGAACCGCACGACCGCUCAGUUCCGUGACCGGAAUAGGCUUGGUCUGGGAGACAAGGGUACAGUGGAGGACGAGGCGUGUAUGCAAUCUGGAAGGAACUUGUCGGUGACCAACUGGACGCGACGAACAGAGAUAGUGGGCUACUGUGUCGGCGUGGUCGAUCAAUCGAUGGAGGGCAAGCGCAUGGCGCUCGAUGCGGAGACGAACGACCCCGCCGCCCAGCGUCGCAUACAAGGCGCUCUGUACGCGGAAGAAGUGAAGCGCAAUCAAGUCCACAACGAGUUGGUUGUUGAACAAAUUGUGCGGAAACGGUCGUUGGAUGCGUUUCGUUCUCGAUGUAAAUACUUCCAGCCAUCAAUGACAGACGCAGACGCGCGGCAGUGGUGGGAUGCAGCGCAUGCAGGACGAUGAGACUUCGCGACCUACUACACGGAAGCAAAUAUUCAAGACUAUUGGCUCUGUACACCAUGGAAUCGUCCACGUUCGAAGGAAUUGGCAGUAAAAACACAGAGAUGCACACUCCAUGACAGUACAAGCGUCAUUUAUGCUACUCGUGCUACGAGGAUACUGUUGCGUGCUUCCUAUUAGCCGCCGUCUGACGGGCAUCCACCCGUUCAGUGUCGUGUCAUGAAGAAAGACUUUCGCUUCUCGUUUCCGGUGCUCCAGCUGCGAUGCAUGCAACACCGUAGUAAUUGUAUUUACCGCUGAGCACUCGCAGCCUACGCUAUACCCUCUUGAACGAAAGGCACUGAACGAUUAACGUCGUCGAGC